GUGCGCUCUGUGUUGUCCACCGUGUACCAGUCUGAGCGCACAGCGGAUCUCUGCACUUAGACCAGAGCCAUGGCUUGAGUUACAGUACCUGCGGGCCAUCCCAUUAUCAAAUGAUGUUCUUUUAACCAACAUGCGACGAAUUGCUCUGUUCUUCUGAUCUGAAAAAGACCCGAUUCCCCAGUCGGUCCGGAUUAAUUUCCUGCGCAUCAUUUGGACAGGCGUCUCUAGGAUGGAGCACAUCAGAACACCAAAGGUGGAGAAUGUGCGUAUGAUUGAUAGACUGACCCGCAGGAAAUCUUCGGUGGGAACAUUAUACCUUUCCUCUACUCACACUAUAUUUGUAGAGAACUCGGAGGCCCGCAAAGAGACCUGGGUUCUGCACAGUUUGAUAUACAAUGUGGAGAGACUCCCAACAAACUCAUCAGGAAGUCCUCUCAUUAUCCGCUGUAAGAACUUCCAUGUUUACCGACUGCUGAUCCCACAGGAGAAGGACUGUUUAGAUGUGCUGGCCUCCCUCACUCGGCUUUCACGCCCAGAACGCUAUGGAGAGCUGUUUUGUUUCUCUUUUAACCCCAACCUGGAUAAAGAAUUAAGGGAAAAGGCAUGGGGCUUCAUCAACCUGAAGGCAGAAUUCAGUCGAAUGGGAAUACCCUGCAACCUCUGGCAUGUCACAGCAGCCAAUCAUGAGUACAGAUUGUGUGACACUUACCCGUCAGAGCUGUUUGUGCCAAAGUCAGCCUCCCCUGCUGUCAUUGUGGGCAGUGCCAAGUUCCGGAGUCGAGGGCGUCUUCCUGUUCUCUCCUACUUCCACAGAGACACCAGUGCAUCAAUCUGCCGGAGCAGUCAGCCUCUUACUGGCUUCAGUGCACGCUCCUCAGAUGAUGAGCAGAUGCUGCAGGCCAUUAUGAAGUCAAACCCUGUCAGCGAGUUCAUGUAUGUGGUGGACACAAGGCCAAAGCUAAAUGCCAUGGCUAAUCGUGCUGCAGGGAAGGGCUACGAGAAUGAAGACCAUUACACUAACAUAAAACUACAGUUCAUUGGCAUAGAAAACAUCCAUGUCAUGAGGAACAGCCAACAGAAGCUUAUAGAUGUUGGUGAACUCGCUGCUCCCUCCAUGAGUGAUUUCCUGUGGGGUCUGGAGAACUCUGGGUGGCUAAAACACAUCAAAGCUGUACUAGAUGCUGGAGUCUUCAUUGCAAAGGCAGUGGCGGAGGAUGGAGUGAGUGUUUUGGUGCACUGUUCAGACGGGUGGGACAGAACAGCUCAGGCCUGUUCGGUGGCUAGUGUGCUUCUGGAUCCAUACUACAGAACUAUCAAAGGACUGAUGGUUCUGAUUGAGAAGGACUGGGUAUCAUUUGGACACAAGUUUUCCCACAGGUAUGCUCACCUUGAUGGUGACCCUAAGGAGGUUUCUCCAGUCAUGGACCAGUUUCUGGAGUGCGUGUGGCAGUUGAUGCAGCAGUUCCCAUGUGCAUUUGAGUUCAAUGAGCGAUUCCUCAUACAGCUACACACACAUAUCUACUCCUGCCAGAAUGGGAACUUCAUCGGCAAUUGCCAGAAAGAAAGGAGAGAUUUGAGGUUACAAGAGCGAACACACUCUUUGUGGCCGCACCUGUGGGAGAACAGGGCUGAAUACACAAACCCUCUAUACAGGACAGACCACAGUCAGACACAGGGUGUUCUGAAACCUCUCACCACUGCCUACUGCUUCAAGUUUUGGAAGGGAAUGUACGGCCGUGCAGAGAAAAGUGUGGCCUCACACCAAUCUCCAGCCGAUUGCCUGAACGCAGUGAGGGAGGAGUCACAACAAUUGGAGGAGGAGCUUAGCUCCCACCAGGAGAGACUUGUCCAACUGAAGGAAAGGAAAAUUUCAGGGGAGAGGAAGAAGACCAACAAGUUGUCUGAACGUGUCCAACGUCCAAUUCCAACCGAGAGCGAACUCAGCAGCCCUCUAGACUACUUCACCGCCCCAAGAAGCGAGAAAAACACUCCUUCCUUCACACUGCCGCUACAGUUAGCAGCCCCACACAAGAACGGUGACCCUGAUGACCUUUCAACCUGCAGUGAUUUCGAGUCGGGUGUGGCUGACCUCAGCAGCUACUCCUCUAGUGGUGGAGACGACACUAAGGACCCUGAUUCUGACGAGGUGGUCAAAGCAAACGCCUGAACUAAAACAGAACUGGUGACAAUGAGGGAUAAAAGCACAGUAACGACUACCAAACUGGGAACUGCUGGGUUUUUUAAUGUUAUUUUAAUUUUUUUAAUCUGUGUGUGAAUUUAUAUUUAAGUAUGUGAACAAGUACACAUAUCCAAGAUGGUCUGGCAAUAAGACCUUAUUCUAUUAUAGUAAAUUCUUAUUUUUUGUAUAGUAUUUUAGGUUAUGGUUUGACUCUGUAUUUUACUGUCUGAUCCUUUAAGCCGUCAGUCAUUUUUUGUCUUGACAUCUUCCAUAGCUAUGCUCGGAACAGCAUAUUACCAUACUAUUCAUACUAAUACACAGAACAUAUAUCAGAUAACCCAGAAUUAUUAUGGAAGCUUGUUUCAGCCAUGCGAUUAAAAAAAGUUAAAUGUGACCUUUUGUCUCACAAUUUUGUCUUUUAUUACUUACAAUUCGGACUGUUUUUCUCACAACUCUUGGGUUUACAUCUCGCAAAUUGUUUUGUUUCCACCAUAGUUUUAUCUAACAGUUCUGACUUUUUGUUACUCGCAAUUGCAAAUUCUUAUCUCAUAAUUCUGACUUUAUAUUUUACAAUUAUGAAAAAAAGUCUUAAUUGUGAGAUACAAACUUGGAAUUGCUUUUUUUAAAUCCCAUGGUGGAAACGAGCUUCCGUUCUAAAUAUUAACUUUUUUGGCCAAAAUACACACUGCUUAAAAUGCUGUGUCCCACAAAGCAAUACAAAAAAUGGAAGGAAUAUCUUCUAUCAGGUUUUUAUUUCUUUUUUAAUAUUUGGGUUGGGAAAUAUAAUGCAAGUUUUAUUUGACCGUAUAGCACUGCAUACUGCAUUCUAAUUUCACGUUAUUUGUAAAAAAAAAACAGCAGGCAGCAUGGCGUAUGCUAGAAUUUCAUUCCGAUCAUAGCCCAUAUAUUCAUGGAAAUUGGACUGUGCCUAUUAUGACCAUCAGAUUCCCACCUGUGUGUUUAAAAAAUCUUAAAUGGAAGUGAUGAGAAUUUCCUUUACAUGUGAAAACAAGAACUAUAGGCUAUGGAACCAAGAGCUGUAUGGCACCCACACUACAUUUACUUCCCAUUUCUGUAACUGUAGGCAUACUCUGACAUAUAGACAAUCAAUCCCUCACACAUCCAUGUGAUUACCAAUUAAGCUAAAGCAGUAGAUGUUAAACAAUUUGUCUGGAACUUAUGAAUAUCUACAUUUCUAAGGCAAAUGCUCUCAAUAAAGUGUUUGCCAAACAGCAAACAAAA